UGCUCUCCGCUCGUGUUCGGCAUUCUUCGGCUGAGUUCGGCCGCUAACGGUCGGAAUGUUCAAAUCCUGCCGCAGACGGAGGUGAAGAAGAAAGAAACGGCUGGAAAGACAGCGACGGAAUGACGGUGCUGCAGGAGCCCGUCCAGGCUGCAGUGUGGCAAGCACUCAACCACUACGCCUACCUGGAUGCCGUGUUCCUUGCCGAGAGAUUGUACGCUGAAGUGAGGUCGGAGGAGGCGCUAUACCUUUUGGCGACAUGCUACUAUCGAUCGGGGAAGCCUUACAAGGCGUACCGACUGCUGAAGGCUCACAGUUCGUCCACGCCGCAGGUGCGCUUCCUGUUGGCCAAGUGCUGCGUGGAGCUCAGCAAAUUGGCGGAAGGCGAGCAGGUUCUCAUCGGCGGCGUGCUCAACAAACAGAAGACUCAAGAUGACCUGGUCACGGAGUUUGGCGACUCGGCGUCCUUCACGCUCUCGCUGCUGGGACAUAUUUACUGCAAGACGGAUCGUGCCGCUAAAGGUGCAGAGUGCUUCCAGAGAAGCUUGUCGCUCAACCCGUUCCUGUGGUCGCCUUUCCAGAACCUUUGUCUCCUAGGAGACAAAGCGGAUGCGGAUCAGGUCUUCAGAUUGUCCUCUUUGCAGCAUUGCCCAGUAGCCUCAGUCCCGACUUCUGUGAGCUCAGCACAGAACUCCUCGCAUCGGCUGGAAACUGCUUUCAUGGAGACGCCGCAGCACACACUGGAGCUAAAUCGUUUGAAUUUAGAAUCGUCAAGCGGGAAGCAGUCAUCUGAUAUGUCGAUCUCCUACAUCGACUCGUCCCUCAUCUCGCCAGAGACGGGCUCCCUGUUGGGAAAUCCCGUCUCCCUCGGGUCAGCCGGCUCCUUGUUGGCCAAACAGAACAAGCCCAAGAGUGGGCGGAGCUUACUGGGAGGACCCACUGCGCUCAGCCCGCUCACACCCAGCUUUGGCAUCUUGCCACUGGAGCCCAGCCCGGGCGACCCAACAUACUUGCAGAACUAUUCGACCAGCAUGGAAACCCAAUCCACAGCCUCCAGCAAGAAGACUGUGUCCAGGAUGAGCCAGUCCAAGUCGGUCUUCAGUCAGAGCGGGAACAGUCGAGAUGUUCUCCCCAUCCCCUUCAACCCGUCGCAGACCUCGGCCCCCCACACCAGCGGUUCCCCUCAAGUGCUCAGUCCCAGCAUGUCGGCUCCUCCCAACAUUCAACCCAGAAGAAGCUCCCGACUCUUCACCAGCGCCAGCUCCACUGCCAAGGAGAACAGCAAGAAGUUAAAGAUGAAGUUCCCCACCAAGAUUCCCAACAGGAAAACCAAAUGUAAAUCCACCAAGACGGCAAACAGCGGCAACUUGAACGAGAGCCUGGACAUCCUCCGCCUGGAUCCGGGUCUGAGUCUGUCUGAGGCCAAGGUGCCGCAGCACCAGAGAGCCACCGCAGACGGCGUGCUGGCCUUGCUCCGGGAGCUGGGGCGCGGCUACCAGGCGCUGUGCUCGUACAACUGUCGAGAAGCCAUCGCCAUCCUCACCUCCCUCCCGCCGCAGCACUACAACACGGGCUGGGUCCUCACACACAUCGGCCGGGCCUACUUCGAGCUGGCCGAGUACACGCAGGCGGAGCGUCUGUUCAGCGAAGUGCGCAGGAUGGAGUCAUACAGGGUGGAGGGCAUGGAGAUCUACUCCACCACCUUGUGGCACUUGCAGAAGGACGUCGCCCUGUCGGCUUUGUCCAAAGACCUGACGGACAUGGACAAGAACUGCCCCGAGGCCUGGUGUGUGGCGGGAAACUGUUUCAGCCUGCAGAGGGAGCACGACAUUGCCAUUAAGUUCUUUCAGAGAGCCAUCCAGGUGGAUCCCAGCUUCGCGUACGCCUACACGCUGCUGGGCCACGAGUUUGUCGUGACGGAGGAGCUGGAGCGAGCGCUGGCUUGUUUCCGCAACGCCAUCCGAGUCAGCAACAGACACUACAACGCAUGGUACGGUCUGGGGAUGAUCUACUUCAAGCAGGAGAAGUUCAACUUGGCGGAAAUCCACUUCCGGAAAGCACUCAGCAUUAAUCCUCAGAGCUCCGUGCUGCUCUGCCACGUGGGAGUGGUGCAGCACGCCCUGAAGAAGUCCGACGCGGCUCUAGAGACGUUGAACAAAGCGAUCGGGAUCGACCCGAAGAAUCCUCUCUGCAAGUUCCACCGAGCGUCCAUCCUCUUUGCCAACGACAAGUACAAGGCAGCCCUUCAAGAGCUGGAGGAGUUGAAGCAGAUAGUUCCCAAAGAGUCGCUGGUUUAUUUUCUCAUCGGCAAGGUGUACAAGAAACUGGGUCAGACUCACCUGGCACUCAUGAACUUCAGCUGGGCCAUGGAUCUGGACCCCAAAGGCGCAAACAACCAGAUCAAAGAAGCCAUCGAUAAAAGAUACUUGCCCGAGGAUGAAGCCGCGGUGGAGGCAGACGACAGUCAGGACAGCAGCGUCAUGACGGACGCCGACGACUCGCUGCUUCACACGGCCGAAAGUGACGUCCUUUAACCCUGCCGCGUUCUCCCGUGAAUCCGUUCUUAUGUUGCGAUUGGUUGAAGCAGACUGUGCUGCUGUUGGGCUCCCCCCCCCCUUUGUCGUUCAACACAAUCUCUGAUACAAGAGGUGUUUUUUUUUUAUGUUCUUUUUAUCAUAGUUAUGGAAAUUAAUCAAUAAAUGUUUCAUCCAAAAGUCA